AUGGUCUGCGAUUGUGGUGGUGAUCUGGACGUAGCGCUGUUUCUCACGAUUGCCUUCCGAUGUGGUGCAUCGCAGCCCUGGAGACUCGGUGAUAGAAACCACUGCAUUGACCCCGUACCAAGAACUCCCGGGGCCACCCAGUGCAUCUUCUGGGCCGCCAUUUCCCCGAUCGAUCUCAUCAGCGAGGCCAUUCUCUGCGUACUCCCUAUCUCCCUAGUCAGACCUGUCCAAGUAGCCGUCGUGUGUGAUCAUCACCACGAUCCUCCGUCUCCACUACCCCAGAAUACCUCCGCCUCCCCAAGCCCCAUCCUCACCGUCUUCGCCACGGUCAUCACCACCCAGUGCGUCCUCUGCACCAGCCUCAUGAACGCCUGCAUCCCGUGCCUAAAGCCCUUUCUGGACGCCUUCGACACGGGGAUGCUCAAUCUCGCCCGGAACAGACAGGCGGAUACAAGCGCUUCCUCUUAUGCGCUAGGAAACGUCUCCCGACUGAAGGAGACCAGCAGCUCCCGACAGUCGAGGUUCAUCGCGGAGGAGGCGGAGGAGGAAGGGGAAGGGCUGGGGAUGUCGGCAGCUGCGUUUGCCGUCACGGGCCCAACGAGACUUCUGGGAGAAGAAGAUGAGGAGGAAAGGGGGUGGGGUGGUGAUGGUGACUCGGGCGUGACGAGCUCGCCAUCGCUCGCAAUUCGUCGCACGGAUCAGUGGAGCGCUCGGUGCGAGUAA